GACGGACGCUGCAGGGACAGACAGUCACGGGGCGGGACUCGAGGGGACACAGUGGGAACAGGCGGACGGACAGACGGCGACACGGACAGACUUGCAGGGGCGCCGGGGACACAUGGACAGACGUGGGGACGUGGACGCUCCUGGGACCAGACAGACAGACUGACAGACAGGGGGCUGUCCAGGCGGACACGGACAGACUCCCAGGAGCACAGACAUGGAGCCUGACUGACAGACACGCGCACACAUGGCCAGCUGGGACAGGGCUGACCACCCAGGCGCACAUAGAGACUCACGGGGUGGACCCCUGGGGAAACACAGACACCUGGACAGACAUGGAGACUUGCAGGGAGGCCACCCCAGCCAUGUCGUCUCGGGAUCACCGUGCUGAGUUCUUCAUCAAGACGGAGCCGGCCUCCCCAGACAGCCUGGCCCAGCGCAGCCCAAGCGGCUCCUCUGAUGCCAGUGGUCCUCCCCAUGACCCCGAGCCAGGGGCACUGACCCGCCGGCGCCAUGACAACAACCCUGAUGAAGUCUUGCCCCGGGGCAAGUAUGUGCUGAGCUCCCUGCCCAAGCGCCUGUGCCUGGUGUGCGGGGACGUGGCCUCGGGGUAUCACUAUGGCGUGGCCUCCUGUGAGGCCUGCAAAGCCUUCUUCAAGCGCACUAUACAAGGCAGUAUCGAGUACAGCUGCCCGGCCAGUAAUGAAUGCGAGAUCACCAAGCGGCGCCGCAAAGCCUGCCAGGCCUGUCGGUUCACCAAGUGCCUGCGCGUCGGCAUGCUCAAGGAAGGGGUGCGGCUGGACCGUGUGCGAGGGGGACGCCAGAAAUACAAGCGCCGCCCUGAGGUGGAUGGGGCCCCAUUCCCCAACACAUUCACCACCCCCCAGAUUGCCACAGCGACCAGCAAGAAACCAGCCCCCAUUAACCCCAUGGUGUCCCACCUGCUGGUGGCGGAGCCUGAGAAGCUGUAUGCAAUGCCUGACCCAGCACUGCCCGAUGGGCCCCUGCGUGCCACCAGCGCCCUGUGUGACCUGGCUGACCGCGAGAUCGUUGUCAUCAUUGGCUGGGCCAAGAACAUCCCAGGGUUCCCGGCGCUGUCGCUGGCCGAUCAGAUGAGUGUGCUGCAGAGCGCCUGGCUGGAGGUGCUGGUGCUGGGUGUGGCCUGGCGUUCGCUCCCCUGUGAGGACGAGGUGGUCUUUGCAGAGGACUUUGCGCUGGACGAGGAAGGGGCGCGUGCGGCAGGGCUCUGGGAGCUGAGCGCUGCCCUCCUGCAGCUGGUGCGCAAGUACCGCGCCCUGCGGCUGGAGCGCGAGGAAUACGUGCUGCUCAAGGCCUUGGCACUCGCCAACUCAGACUCGGUGCACAUCGAGGACAUGGCAGCGGUGCAGCGGCUGCGGGACGUGCUGCACGAGGCCCUGCUGGAGUACGAGGGCAGCCGACGGCCGGAGGAGCCACGCCGGGCGGGGAAGCUGCUGCUAACGCUACCCCUGCUGCGCCAGACGGCUGCCCGCGCCCUGCACCACUUCUACGGCAUCAAGCUGGGAGGGAAGGUGCCCAUGCACAAGCUCUUUCUCGAGAUGCUGGAAGCCAUGAUGGACUGAGACACGCCCCCGGCUUCCCCUCCCCGCCAUGUGGGGGAGACGGAGGCAUGGACCGGGGUGGGGGGCCUGGGGACAGACACAGACCUAGGGCAGGGAGACAGACGUAGAUGCGGGAGAAGGGCAGAGUGGAAUGGGGACAGACACGCUGGAGAGACACAAACGGGAGGAGUAGGGAUGGGCGGGGGUGGGGACAGACACAUGGACACUGGGGCAACAGGUGCUGGGAGGACAGACACAGACGCUCUGGCUGGGGGACGGGCGGGGAAUGCAUGGGGACAGUAAGGCAGAUAGUGGAAGGGGAGGAUUGGACUGAUGGGGCUGGGAGGAACUGCAGCGUGGCCACAGGGCUGGGGGAUGGGCAUGCUGGAGACAGACCGGGGGACACUGGUGGGAGGGGACAGACUGACAUGGGGACCCAGCCCCCCAGAUGCACUGGAAGCCAUAUUCUAACUUAUUAGCUGGGGGGGAGGGAUUUAGUGGCAGGGGGAGAAGCACCAGGACCCCCCACUGGAAGCCAUAAUGGACCUGACCAGCACAAAGCUGGACUGCAGGGGGGAGCAUGUUAAUCCCACAUGCACAGACCUAGCCUGGGGGGGUCCCUGCUUGUCCCUGGCUCAGAGCAGGGGAAACCCCAGCUGAGGGGUGCUUGCCCAGCAGCCAAUGUGUGCUGGAGCUGUAGGUAGCUUGGCACUGGAGGGGUCAGUUAGGUCAGGAGGGCAGUAACAGGGGUAGCUGAUUCUCUCUGAAGGGGGGGGGCCCUCCUAGGGACACCACCCAUGGCAGGUGUCCCCCUCCUCACUUGAGUCUCUGAAUUUUCUGCUAGGGGGAGAAUAAUCCCCCAUCCCAAAGUGGGACCCCCUGAGGCCUCCCAGCCCCUGCCCGAGUGGGGGGUGAGGGUUUUACAAUAUCCCUUCAAGCAAUAAAUGAACAAACUAUGUAUGCACUUGGCUGGGGGAGGGGAACCCCAUGAGGGUCCCUUGGCUCAGGGCUGGGAGAUCCCUGUAGUGGGGAUCCCUUAGAUGAGGAUUGUGGGCGUCCCCUGUAAUUCAGAGGAGGGGACUGUGUGGGAGUCUCUUAGAUUGGAGGAGGGGUAUAUUCUUCUGUCCUGGGAAGGGAAUUGAGAUUUCAGGGGUGGUAAGCCCACACUUUGCCUUGAAAUAUGGGGGAGGGUGCUGAGCUAAGGACUUCCAGUGGGGUUUUCCAGGGAAAAUCCAGUGGGGUGAGGAGAAUUUAGCAGCAGGGUCUGGGAAUCUCCACUAAGUGCUGGUCUCUCUCCCCCAUCCCCCCAAGCCCCAGGCUGGUGGAGAGUCUGGAGGGGGUGGGGGUCUGACUGGGGGAGCCCCUGCUGUAGUUGGGUCCUUGUGGGGGGGCUGAGACAGAAGGCUGGAAUUGUGGGAGCGGGAGCACAGCACUGUGAUGGGGUAGCUGCACAGAUAGGAAGAGGGGUUGCAAAGGUUUGGCCAUAUUGGGGGGGUCCCUUGGGAUGGGAACAGAGGCCAGUAUCCCCUCCACCCACCUCAAAUGUCCCCUUGCCCUUCUGCCCCCCAUAGCAAUAAGCCCCCCCUUCCCCUUGGGGUGGGGGGUGAAGAUGCUGAGAAACAUGUACAUAGCAAUAUAUCAGACUGUAUAUUUGUUGCAGGAUAAUACGUGACCCCUUCAUCUCUGCUCCCCUCAGGGGGGUGCACCCUCAGUCCCCCCAUUUCUAUAAUGAGUGGGGUGACAUGGAGGGGGUUUGUAUUAAAUUAUGUAUGUGUAUAUAUUAUAAAUACCUCUAUUUUGUGUAUAGGUGCUAUACACACACAUACAUAGAGCUAUAUUCCAGAGCCAGAUUAAACCAUGGAGAUCUCA